GAUCGAUCAGCAGCAGCACUGUUCACGGUGUGACUGUCAGGAAAAGACUGAAGGAGUGUCGCAGCAACUUGUUUGCAUACUUUCACUUCUGAAGUAACUAAGUAACUCAGCACUUUCACUGGAAAUGAAGCAGCUCCCAGAGUGAAAAAAUAAAAUGCUCUUACUCCUCCCUUUGCUCUGCACUUAUGUUACACAUAAUUAUGCAAAAUGUAAAAUCUCCAGUCAGACCAAAGUAAAUGAAAAAAUUCCUCAGCUGUCCGCCUGCAAGUAUAGAAACCCACAAAGAGGAGGAAGAAGCAAACAGUCUCCUUUCAAAGCUCACACCGUCUGCUACCUUUCUUCUAUCUACCUAUCUUGGAGAGAUGAUACUGCCAACAUUGUUCUUAUUUGUUGCAGGUGCUGUCUGCUCUGAAGUAACAGAUGUAACAAAGCGGGAUGGAGAGACUGUCACUUUACACAUAAACAAAACAGUGCAACCCAAUCAUAAUUAUCUAUGGUCCAUUGUCCCCAAUAGACUAGUUACCAUUGUCACCAAUGGAGAGGUCCUUCAUGUCAAUGGGACCGGAUUUGAAAAGAGGGUACACACACAUGUUGAAACUGGAUCAAUCACAAUCUCUAACCUCACCAUCAAUGACAGUGGGAUAUUCCUGGCUCAGGUCUUAACAAAAACAGGUAUCCUGGAGCAAAGAUUUAACCUCUCUGUCCAUGAGAAUUCACUUAUUCCUCUUAAUGUAUUGAAGAGAGGCAAUAUCACUCUGGACCCUGGACUAGAAAAACUACAGAAAGAACACAAUGUGAUGUGGACACAGGGCCCAGAUUUUUCUGGGAAACUGAUAGCUCAGUGGAAGAACUUCAGCACCGUUAUUGAGGAAAGCUUCAAGGACAUUCUGCAGCUGAACCAACAGACUGGCUCAAUCACCCUUCUCAGAGUGACAGAGAACUAUGCUGGCUAUUACUGUGUCAAGAUGCUGCUGGGUACUGAACCACACAUACUGAGACAAUAUCUGAUCACUGUCUUUGGUGAGUAA